AUGAAAGAGGUUUUUGACAGAUAUUCUACCCGGACUCCAGAACCCCUCACUGCUCAAUUCAGUGGUCGUGUUGACAAGGAAACAGCAGUAAAAACACAUGAAGAGAAACAAGGACAAAGAAUCAGCACUCAACUUUUCCCAGCAAGUAUGUUACAUUUCAAUUAUUGACUAAAUACCUAUAAAGUUAUUCUGAGGAGGGGAAGAUAAAGUAUUUGCACAUGUACAGGCAAAAUAAGGGUAAAAGCAAGACUCUGUCAAUACAAGAAAGUGGCACAUCAUUAAUUUAUAGUUCACAAACCUUGAAAUAAAAUUUGCUUGACGAAGUAUUUUUGUUUCUUCAGGGGCAGAGCAAGAAGUCCUGCAACAAGCAAGCUGCAGUUUUCAACAGCCUGCCAGUGGCUCUAGGGCAGUAAGAAAGUGCUCAAAAUGUAAAAGACCAGGCCACACCAGAAGAAAAUGUCCUGAAUAA